AUGUCUCCCAAACCGGAAGUAUACCAUGACGAGAGCCUGGUUAGCAGCCAGCGCGAGUCCCGCAUGCAGGCCGCCCUGCUGGAGGAUAAUCCCCGGCCGUUGAGGAAGAGCUUUCUCAAGCUGUACCUGUGCAUCUUUGUCGGGUAUUUGUGCUCUGCGACCAAUGGCUUCGACUCUAACACUUUCGGCGGCCUCACGGCCAUCUCCUCCUUCACCGACUAUUUCGGCAUCGACACCAACAACCAAGGCCUGGUCGCUGCGCUGUAUGUCAUCGGGAACAUCGCCGGCUCGUUCGUCGCCGGCCCCUGCGCCGAUACGUACGGCCGGAAGGUCGGCAUGGCGCUGGGUUCGGCCGUCUGCAUCGUCGGCGCGAUUCUGCAGGCCGCGGGCCAGAAUCUGCACAUGCUGAUGGCCGGACGCGUCAUUCUCGGUGCGGGCGUUGCCGUCGUCCAGGCUGCUGGCCCCAGCUACGUCGUCGAGAUGUCCUAUCCCAAAUACCGCGGCCAGCUGACGGGCGGCUUCCAGGCGUGCUUCUUCCUCGGCACGAUCGUGUCGACGUUUCUGGAAUACGGGCUCAGCUUCGCGAAGGAUGCUGGUUCGCUGGUCUGGCGUCUGCCGCUGGCAGUGCAGGGGUUACCGUCUGUUAUUGUCCUGCUGUUUGUCUGGUUGAUUCCGGAGAGUCCGCGGUGGUACGUCGCUCAAGGACAGAUCGACAAAGCCCGAGAUAUCUUGAUCCGGUACCACGGCGACGGCGAUCCCAGCUCCAAGGUCGCCGAACUCGAACUCGAGGAGAUGCAAGAGGUCAUCAGCCUGGAGGGCUCCGACAAACGCUUCUGGGAUUUCCGGGAGCUGUUCAACUCGCGCGAGGCGCGGCAUCGCACGUUUCUCGUCACCUGCAUUGCCUGGUUCGGCCAGCUGGAUCUUCCGCCGACCAGCUACUACUUUCCGCUGAUGGACGCCUAUUAUGAUGGCCGCCGCGCUAUGUGGCUUGCGGUUCAUCCACCGUUUCGGCCGUCGCAAGCUGCUGAUGUCGUCGAGCGCCGGCAUGACCAUGCGGGCAAGCCUGUCGUGGGGGGAACGAGCAUCGCCUUUCUCUACGUUUUCCUCGUCGUGUUUGCAUUCGCGUGGACCCCCAUGCAAGCCCUCUACCCCAGCGAAGUCCUCGCCUACAACAGCCGCGCCAAAGGCCUCGCAUACACGAACCUGAUGCUCAACGCCGUCAACGUGAUUAACACGUACGUGCCGCCGAUCGCAAUCGCGCAUUCCGGCUGGCGGUACUACAUCCUGUACAUCGUGUGGGACGCCUUCGGGGUGCUGGUCAUUUACUUGACGUUCGUCGAGACGAAAGGGUGGAGUCUGGAGGAGAUUGAUCACCUGUUUCGGUCGAAGCAUCCGGUGAGGGAGAGUCUGAAGGGGAGGCGAGAUGAGCGGCCUCAGAUGGGGGUUGAUGGGGGCAAGGCUGUAUAG